AAACAACGAAUUUUAGCAGAAUAAUCGGCAGUGGAAUUUUUACUUAGUUUUUCCUCCAAUCUCCCAGACUCUUUCUUGUUUCAAUCCGAUCUGAAAAAGACUCGGAAAACUACACCGAAAAGCUCUCCAAAUAAAAGUUAUCUUCACUUUAUCUGAGUUCUCUGAUUGGGGGGCCUCUCACUUUCACUUGUUCCAUCGCUCAAGAAAGAUUGCUUCCUCAUUUGCGUUCUGUAAUCAGUGCAUGUGUCAAAUUUCGCGAUGGAAUCACUUGUGGAUGGAGUUAGUUCCUCUCUCAAGGAUCAUAUUUCAGCUCCUGCUGUAGGUUGUAAUCCUCCUCCUGGUUUAGGGGCUAAUCGACCUCCUCAUCCUCCGUCUUUAAAACAACCUAGAUAUGAGGGGGCCUCAUCUGCAUCCAAUGCAGGUGCUACAGAUAAUGGGAUGAAAACAUCCUCCUCUCCAACAGGUUCUGUGAUUAGUUCAAAGCAUUCACAAAAAACAUCUCACGAUCAUACAUGGAAGGAAGGAGUGUCUAACUCAUCGAAACACCAUCUCAAAUCAAACAAUCAGAAACAGGAAUUGAUGAGCCCCGAUGAUGUUCUUGAUCAAAUGGCACAAUAUUCUUCCCACAAGCAGGUUUCUACAUUGGAAAUCAAAUCAUAUCUUAAGCAUCCAGUUUAUGAUUCUGAGAAUAGUAGUUCAAGCAGUUUGUUGGAAUCUGUGGAUCUUGUUACACACCCAGCUAAAGGAACUGCUGAGGUUUUGAACAGCCGAUUUUCCUCUCAAUCAGGAAUCAGUUUUUGUCCAAGUCCUCAAAAUAGUUUCUACUCUGCUACACAGUACACAGAAGCUAAACAAAGUUUCACCAACACUGAAGUCAGCGAGGGUGCAAGCAGUGUCGAGAAGUCUGCUGAAAGUGUUGAAGUUGGCAACUCCUGUGAUAUAAUAGAGAGCAGAAAGACGAGUACAUAUAGAGGUAGCACUGGCAGUGAUAUUAGUGAUGAGAGCAGCUCCUGUAGUUUAAGCAGUGCUAUGUACAAACCUCACAAGGCAAAUGAUACAAGAUGGGAAGCAAUUCAGGCUAUCAGAACUCGGGAUGGUCUGUUGGGGUUGAACCACUUUAAGCUUUUGACGAGAUUGGGAUGUGGAGAUAUAGGUUGUGUUUAUCUAUCAGAGUUGACUGGCACAAGAAGUUAUUUUGCUAUGAAAGUCAUGGAUAAAGCCGCUUUAGAGAGUAGGAAGAAACUUCUGAGGGCUCAGACCGAAAGAGAGAUUUUGCAAUCUCUGGAUCAUCCUUUUUUACCCACUUUGUAUACACACUUUGAGACUGAGAAGUUUUCAUGCUUGGUGAUGGAGUUUUGCCCCGGAGGAGAUCUCCAUGCACUCCGACAAAGACAACCUGGGAAGUAUUUUCCAGAGCAUGCUGCCAGGUUUUAUGUGGCAGAAGUUCUUCUUUCUUUGGAGUAUUUGCACAUGCUUGGGAUCAUUUACAGAGACCUUAAACCAGAGAAUGUUUUAGUGAGGGAAGAUGGGCAUAUAAUGCUUUCAGAUUUUGACCUCUCCCUAAGAUGCGCAGUGUGCCCAACCCUAGUCAAAUCCUCAAAUUCUAGCUUGGAAUCCAAGAACACAGCAUUCUGUGUUCAGCCAGCUUGUAUUCAGCCAUCUUGUGUAAUCCAGCCAGCUUGCAUUCAGCCUGCAUGUUUUGCACCACGCUUUUUCAGCAAGGCAAAGAAAGAAAAGAAGGCCAAACCAAAGACUGAUAUAUAUAAUCAUGUGAGCCAUCUCCCUGAGCUCAUUGCUGAACCUACAAGUGCUCGGUCAAUGUCCUUCGUGGGAACGCAUGAAUACUUGGCACCUGAAAUUAUUAAAGGCGAAGGUCAUGGCAGUGCCGUAGAUUGGUGGACGUUUGGGAUCUUCCUUUAUGAGCUUCUGUUUGGGAGGACUCCUUUCAAAGGGACAGGAAACAGGGCCACUUUGUUUAAUGUAGUUGGACAACCCUUAAGGUUUCCUGAGUCACCUAUAGUGAGUUUUGCUGCAAGGGACUUGAUCAGAGGUUUACUAGUGAAAGAGCCACAGCAUCGCCUUGCAUAUAGACGUGGGGCUACUGAAAUUAAACAGCAUCCAUUUUUUCAGAGUGUGAAUUGGGCUCUCAUUCGCUGUGCCAGUCCUCCGGAUGUGCCAAAACCAUUCAUAAUGCAUGAGGUGCCAAGAGUACCCACGACAGAUAAGGUGCCAGGAGUCGAUGUGAAGCCUUCAGGUAACUAUUUAGAGAUUGAUUUCUUUUGAUUCUUGUGAUUUUUCCCUUCCCUGAGUUGGUCUGCAUCCCAUUAUUUGAAUUUGCUUCAAUGAUCCUCUUUUCCAGUGGAAAGGAACACCAAUUUGUUGUUCCGUUAGCGCGCACAUGUAAAACUGCUCGUUUUUACCAGUAGGCAUGAUAACAUUGUUGAUGAAACUCAAGUGGACAUGAACAAGGAAUGGGAUUGAUGGGCAUUUUUCUUGUUUAUUUUUGGUCUUCCAUCACCACCUAUCCAACUUAAAAAGUAUAAAUUUCCCAG